AUGGUCCAACAUUUGACAUACCAUCAUAGGCUUUCCUACAACACAGCCUCUAACAAAACUAGGCUGUCUCGAACCCCUGGCAACAGGAUUAUUUACCUUUAUACCAAGAAGGUUGGGAAAGCCUCUAAAUCUGAAUGCAGUGUGUGCCCACGCAGGCUUCGAGGGGUUCGUGCUGUGAGACCAAAAGUCCUUAUGAGACUGUCUAAGAUAAAGAAGCAAGUCAGCAGGACCUACGGUGGGUCCAUGUGUGCCAAGUGUGUCCGUGACAGGAUCAAGCGAGCUUUCCUUAUUGAGGAGCAGAAAAUUGUUGUGAAAGUGUUGAAGGUAUAAGCACAGAGUCAGAAAGCGAA